CGGUCUGUGACGAAUGUUCCGAAACAGACGAACCAAAACCAAUCAUUCCUAUUUUUCUCACAAAAUUUUUAAUUUCGGGAAGUUUUACUCUCCAGCGUUCAUUUCAAGUCAAGCUCGCUCGUUCUUCUUCGUCUGCUUCUUUUGAUUCUUCGUCGUUUAGUUCAGUGACUUCAGUCUUUCUUUCGAAUAGUCAUCUUAGGGUUUUUGUUGCUUCUUCUGUUUGUUCUCUAAAUUGGAAGAUGUCGACCAUGGAGAGCUUGAUAGGUUUAGUGAAUCGGAUCCAGAGAGCAUGCACGGUUCUUGGAGACUAUGGAGGCGGCAAUAAUGCCUUCUCUUCUCUCUGGGAAGCUCUUCCUUCUGUUGCUGUCGUCGGCGGUCAGAGUUCAGGGAAGUCUUCGGUUUUGGAGAGCAUAGUUGGGAGAGACUUUCUUCCCAGAGGAUCCGGAAUUGUGACUAGACGGCCUCUGGUCUUGCAGCUUCACAAGACUGAAGAUGGCUCACAGGAGUAUACGGAGUUUCUUCACCUUCCCAAGAGGAAAUACACUGAUUUCGCUUUGGUUCGCAAGGAAAUCCAGGAUGAAACCGAUCGAGUAACAGGGAAGACUAAGCAAAUAUCUCCUGUUCCUAUCCAUUUGAGCAUAUAUUCUCCCAAUGUUGUCAAUUUAACCUUGAUUGAUUUACCCGGAUUAACGAAAGUUGCUGUUGAGGGACAACCUGAAACUAUUGUUCAAGAUAUUGAAAGCAUGGUCCGCUCAUAUGUUGAUAAGCCCAAUUGUAUCAUAUUGGCAAUAAGCCCGGCAAACCAAGAUAUAGCAACAUCAGAUGCUAUCAAACUUGCCAGGGAAGUGGAUCCCUCGGGGGAACGAACAUUUGGUGUGUUGACAAAGCUUGAUUUGAUGGACAAGGGAACUGAUGCAUUGGAUGUUCUUGAAGGAAGAUCUUACCGGCUGCAACAUCCUUGGGUUGGAAUUGUUAACCGUUCACAGGCUGAUAUAAAUAAAAAUGUUGAUAUGAUCAUUGCAAGGCGCAAAGAGCGCGAAUACUUUGCAACCAGUCCAAAUUAUGGACACAUGGCCAGUAAAAUGGGUUCAGAGUAUCUUGCUAAACUUCUCUCAAAGCACUUGGAAUCUGUAAUUAAGGCCCAGAUACCAAGCAUCUUGUCCUUGAUAAACAAAACUAUUGAUGAACUCGAAGCAGAGAUGGACCAUCUUGGCAGGCCUAUUGCUGUUGAUGCUGGGGCUCAAUUGUACACAAUCUUGGAACUUUGUCGUGCAUUUGACCGUAUUUUUAAGGAGCAUUUGGAAGGAGGGCGACCUGGUGGUGAUCGCAUUUAUGGUGUGUUUGACAACCAGCUUCCUGCUGCUCUGAGGAAACUUCCGUUUGACCGGCACCUUUCUAUUCAAAAUGUAAGGAAGGUGGUUUCAGAGGCAGAUGGUUAUCAGCCACACUUGGUUGCCCCGGAGCAAGGUUAUCGGCGUCUCAUUGAGGGUGCAUUGAAUUAUUUUAGAGGCCCAGCUGAAGCUUCUGUAGAUGCGGUUCAUUUUGUUUUGAAAGAACUUGUAAGAAAGUCAAUUUCAGAAACUCAGGAGUUGAAGCGUUUUCCAACUCUGCAAGCUGAAUUAGCUGCUGCUGCUGGGGAGGCCUUGGAGAAGUUCCGAGAUGAGAGCAAGAAGACUGUUCUUCGGAUGGUGGACAUGGAAUCUUCAUAUUUAACUGUUGAUUUCUUUAGGAGGCUCCCUCAGGAAGUAGAAAAGGGAGGAAAUCCUGCUUCCACCAAUGUUGACCGUUAUGCAGAGGGGCAUUUCAGGAGGAUAGGAUCAAAUGUGUCAUCUUAUAUUCACAUGGUGUCUGAGACACUUAAAAACACAGUUCCUAAGGCUGUGGUUUAUUGCCAAGUUAGGGAAGCAAAACAGUCAUUGCUAAAUUACUUCUACACACAGAUAGGGAAAAAAGAGGGUAAACAGCUCGCCCAGAUGUUAGAUGAAGACCCAGCAUUGAUGGAAAGAAGACUACAAUGUGCUAAAAGGCUUGAAUUAUACAAGCAAGCGAGGGACGAGAUUGAUUCUGUAUCCUGGGCUCGAUGAGAGAUCGAAUUGGGAUACUAAUUGUAUUAUAGGCUACCGACACUGGCGAAUUAUUCCUACUGAUUUUGUUAUUUAAUGGUUGAGAUUCUUCACAUCCUCACCUCAUUCUUUGUGGUUGUGCUGGUGCAAUAUCCUUUUGAUAUUGCUGGUUGGAUUGAGAUGCUAGAUGUUGUUAUAUUUUGACAUUUGUGUGUUUUAUUAUUAUUGUAUAGCUUUGGAGCCUGGCUUCUCCUCUUUUUCUCAAAA